UGUAUAGUGAACACCCAUUUGGCGCCGCAUUACGAGAAUCUGGACCAACGGAUCGCCGAUUACAACACUAUAGUCGACGGCCAGUACUUCUGGAGCAACAAAAAACCAAAUAUCUUAAGUCACGAUUACGUCCUAUGGAUGGGUGACCUGAACUUCCGGAUCGACGAGUUGACCGGCGAUGAGAUACACGACAUUAUCGUCAAAGCCGCGCAAACUAGCGGCGGAUCAAAUUGUGAUAAUAAUAAAUAUAAGCGACUCUUAGACGAGGAUCAGCUAAAUCGCGUCCGUCUGGAGGGCCGGGCGUUCAGUGAGUUCACCGAAACGGCGCCGACAUUCGCGCCGACCUAUAAAUUCUUUGUCAAUACCGAUGAAUACGACUAUAAGUCACGUAAGCCGGCCUUCACUGACCGUAUUUUAUACCGCUUUACGGCCAACGCCUACGAGAAUACAACACUUGAUUUACAACAACUCAAUUAUACAUCUCAUCCGCAAUACAAACAAUCGGAUCACAAACCGGUGUCCGCUCUCUUCCACCUCAAGACACGACAAUUAGUGCUGCAGUCGAUACGCAAGAAGCGUCGGGUCGGCUGUUUGGGACCGACGAGAGUGGCGCGAGAUGUGGAGGACAGCAGCGAUCAGAACAGCGGCGCCGAAGACAAUACCGUUGACAUUGAUCGACAAAUACACGUUACAUUCCGGCCAAUCAGUGACUGGAGGGUCAAUCGGGACGCCAUCGCCUGGUUUACUAUUACUCCCAACGAUGACAGCGCGGUGGACACCAUAGCACCGUGGGAUUGCAGCACUAAUUUCGUGUCU